AUGUGGAGUACGUCAAAGAUACACAAUGGGCUUCGUCGAACUUUGAUUGUUAUAUCCUGGAUACCUGUUGCAAUGACUGUGAAUGAACAUAUAUGUUACGUUGCCAAGAUCGAAGGAUCUUCGAUGAGACCCACGUUAAAUCCCAAUGAGACAAUUCCGAGCGAUUGGGUACUUCUAUGGAAAUGGGGGGUGCAAGAUGCUAUGAAUCUCAGAUAUAACGAUGUCAUUUUGUUCAAAGCACCGUACAAUCCUACAAAAGUGUAUUGCAAACGUAUCAAAGGUGUUCAAUUCGAUUCCGUUAGCACAAACUAUCCGUAUCCAAGAGAAAUUGUUCAAAUCCCAAGGAAUCAUGUGUGGGUGGAAGGCGAUAACACAUUUCAUUCCAUAGACUCUAAUACUUUCGGGCCCAUAUCGACAGGUCUCGUGCUCGGUAAAGUAGCCAUGGUUUUAUGGCCUCCGUCGCGAUGGGGGUCUCAAAUCGAUCAAAGCGGUGGCCGAGGCGAUAUACGUGUUAGAGAUAUGAGAUUUUGA